AUGCUUCUCCAUCUCCUCAUCCCGAUCAUUUGCCUAGUCAUCUCAAUCCUUAUAUUCCACCUCGCGUUACACUGCCGCAGCCAAACCCAUCGAUAUUAUUUCCUACCUUUCUUCCUCCUCUUUGCCUCCCUCUCCAUCACAUCCUCCACACACUUCAUCUGGAUACCCGGCCUGACAAGUCUCUGGACCCAAGCCAUGGUGCUGAACAUCCCUCAUGUAAUCUGUCUACUUUACAUACGACAAUGGCCUGCUCCGCGGCUACCUGCUACUUCACCAUCCCCCAGUCGGUUUGCUCAGUUGCGACACCAGUGGGAAGCAACGUAUCGCUUGUGGGGUAAUCCGCAACUCAUCGGUGUUAGUCCGGACUCCAACACUACCAGCGAUACAGACAAGUCUAGUCAGCCAGUUUCAGUCUUCCUGUUCUCACGACUAGUAAAACUGCCGAUAUACUACUACCUCAACUUCGAAAUCCUACCCGCUCUCGUCGCCUCGGUCUUCGGCGAGAUAUACCCCGAAGACGUCUCUGAAGAGAAGCAAAUACUAUUCCGCCACUGGCACGACGUCUCCACGCGAGACCUGAUGAUCCGGGCCUACGUAUCUGUCCUCUGGAUCUGGCAAAGCGCCGUGUACCUAGACGGAACCAACGCCAUCCUAGCUAGUUUCUUCGUCAGCAUCGGCUUGGACCGCCCCUGUGAUUGGCCUCCUCUCUUCGGCAAUCCUUCAUCCAUCGCUUCGCUGAGAACAUUCUGGUCUCGAUUCUGGCACAAGAUUGCUCUUCAGCCGUAUACGUGUAUCGGAAGUGCUCUUGCUCGCCAGCUCAACUUCCGUUCCGGCUCAUACGAGUGUAAAGUGUUUGUUGCUUUUGUCGUGUUUGGGCUCUCUGGGGUAUCUCAUGGGGUUGUGAGUUGGCAAAUUGGUCGUGAUGGGUGGACGGACGUCUGGUGGUUCAUGGUCAACUUCUUUGCCUGUUUGGCGGAGACGAUCUUCUUGCAACAAUUUAUGCCUGCAUUUGGUUAUCAGAGAGAAUUACAGUCAAUCAAAGAGAGUUGGUUGGGCGCAGUGGCCGGAAGAGCAUGGGUUUUCGCGUUCUUCUUCUGGAGUGUUCCCAAGUGGCAGUAUCCGGCCAUGUACAAGGACGCUUUCCAGGCAAGACAGAUGGCAGUAUGGAGCUUAAUAUUCUCGAAGAUGACUGUGAGCGCCGACAGCAGCUGA